UUUAAAGAAAAAGAAAAAUAAAAUAAAAAUAAAAAAUACUCUCCGUCUCUCUCUCAAAAACGGAAAAAGAGAAGGAAAAAUUGUCCCCAAUCUCCGUCCCAAUUCGGAGGGGUCGGGGACGAUGCAGGUUCGGAUCUCGCCGAGCAUGAGAAGCAUCACUAUCAUAUCAUCAUCAUCUUCUUCUUCCUCGAGCAACGGCAACAACUUCAAUGUCGGUGCCGAAAGCGGGCAUCUCUCGGAUUUGAUGAAGGUUGUCAAGAUUGCUCCUCGCUCAUUCUCGUAUAGGACCCUCUUCCACACGAUCCUUAUCCUCGCUUUCCUUUUGCCUUUCGUCUUCAUCCUUACUGCCAUCGUCACGCUCGAAGGGGUCAACAACUGCUCUUCUUUUGAUUGUUUAGGAAGGCGACUGGGACCAAAGUUUUUGGGUAGGGGUGGAGAUGAUUCAACGAAGCUAGUAAGAGAUCUGUACAAGAUAUUUGAACAAGUAAAUUCUGAGGAAGUUCCAGUUGGUGUCGAGUUGCCAGAAUCAUUUAGUCAUUUUCUUUCUGAUGUCAAGAACAACCAAUACGAUGCAAAGACAUUUGCUAUAAGGUUAAAGGCCAUGAUAGAGCUCAUGGAGGAGGAGAUAAAAAGAUCAAGAUUGGCAGAACAAUUGCACAAACAUUUUGCAGCCAGUGCUAUUCCGAAAGGCAUUCACUGUCUCUCCUUGCGGUUGACUGAUGAGUACUCUUCCAACGCUCAUGCAAGGAAACAGCUGCCACCCCCAGAGUCGCUACCUUUUCUCUCUGACAACUCCUACCUCCAUUUUGUUCUAGCCACUGAUAAUAUCCUUGCAGCUUCAGUAGUGGUGAACUCAGCCGUGAAGUCUUCUUCAAGACCCGAAAAGAUUGUUUUUCAUGUUAUCACUGAUAAGAAGACUUACCCUGGGAUGCAUUCAUGGUUUGCCUUGUAUCCUGUAUAUCCAGCCAUUAUCGAGGUGAAAGGUGUUCACCAGUUUGACUGGUUGACGAGAGAAAAUGUCCCUGUUCUCGAAGCUAUAGAGAACCACCUUGCUGUUAGAAAUCAUUAUCAUGGGAAUCAUGUGGUAGGGACCAAUGUCACCGACAACCCAAGGGUUUUCGCUUCCAAACUUCAGUCCAGAAGUCCAAAGUACAUUUCAGUACUGAACCAUCUUCGUAUAUACUUGCCUGAGCUCUUUCCAAAUCUCGACAAGGUGGUCUUUCUUGAUGAUGAUGUUGUUAUCCAGCGUGACCUUUUGCCACUUUGGGAGAUUGAUCUUGAAGGAAAGGUUAAUGGUGCCGUUGAAACUUGUAGAGGGGAAGACGGAUGGGUGAUGUCCAAGCGAUUCAGAACAUAUUUCAAUUUCUCUCAUCCUCUUAUAUUCAAAAACUUAGAUCCUGAUGAAUGUGCAUGGGCCUUUGGGAUGAAUGUCUUUGACUUGGCUGCGUGGAGAAAGACAAGUAUCAGGAGCACAUAUCAUUAUUGGGUGAAGGAGAAUCUAGGAUCAAAUUUGACUUUAUGGAAGCUCGGAACAUUACCUCCAGCAUUAAUAGCAUUCAGAGGCAAUGUGCAUCCUAUCGACCCCUCCUGGCACAUGCUUGGGUUGGGUUACCAAGAGAAGUCUAACCUGGAGAGUGUCAAGAAUUCUGCUGUGAUACAUUACAAUGGACAGUGUAAGCCAUGGCUAGAGAUAGGAUACAAGCACCUGCAGCCUUUCUGGACAAAGCAUGUAAACUACUCUAAUGACUUUAUAAGGAAAUGUCACAUAUUGGAACCUGAAGAAUAGGAAUAGGAGGAUUGAGCCAUUUUGCAGCUGGAGCAGGGUAUUUUUAUUAAAGAAGCAACAAAACAACAACAGCAAUACAACAACAACAAUCUAGAAGUUUUGUCCAGGGAUGGGUGAUGCAGUUGAAGCAAAAGCAGUGCCCCUCCGUUUACAGUUAAAAGGGAACCAAUUGCAUCAAAAAUGGCAAAAGUGAUUCUUUUCCUUAGUAUCAUAUUGAUUCAAGGAUUCAUCAUCCUAAAUGCGCAUGAGAAUGGUGAAGCAUAUCAGUACCCACACAAUUCUUGGUGGGUGUUGCAGCAUAUUGCAGAGAUCACCAAAUAGUAGAAGCAAAGAACAAGAUUGGAGAGUCAUAAAUGUAAUUGCGGAGCACUCGGGUCACAUAUUUUCUUUUGUCCUUUCCCACUAUUUUUUGCCCAAAUUUUGUUUUUUUUUUGUUUAUUGUAUUCAUCUAAUUGUUUAGUGUUUGUUGUACUGUACCCCAUUGGAUUUGUGAGAUAGUUGGAUACUGGUUACUGUUCAUGCAAUACUGAAAUGUGCAUAUAAUUCUUUUGCUUA